AUGAUCCUCAUCAGACGUCUCUGGCUCUUACCAGCCUUCUUCAUUUCCUGUGCCCUCUACUACCUCUUCCUCUACCCGAAAGAGCCCUCGUCUUAUCCCCAUCCUGAACGCAAGAUUCACUGGGUGAAACAUGAAGAGCGCUACCCGGUAGCUGGCUACCGCGAUCUACCUGUCGGACCUCUUGCGCAGAUUCCAAGGAUACAGUAUGAUUUCGAGUCCCAUCCCGAGCCCCCUGAUGCCAAAUCCCUGCGAGAAAAGCGGCAAGCCGCUAUAAAAGACGCUUUCUUACAUGCUUGGACUGGAUACAAAAAGCAUGCGUGGACACGUGACGAAGUUGCUCCCAUUAGCGGAGCAUACCGUUCAAGUUUCGGUGGAUGGGGUGCCACGCUGGUCGAUACUAUGGACACGCUUUGGAUCAUGGACUUGAAGGCUGACUUUGAUCAAUGUGUCGAUGUGGUCAAGCAUAUUGACUUCACUACGAAUGAGGAGGAGUACCUGAAUAUAUUCGAAACCACAAUUCGAUACAUGGGAGGUCUUCUUGCCGCAUAUGAUCUGUCCUUGGGCAAAUACAAGCUGCUCCUUGACAAGGCCGCUGAACUAGGCGAGAUCCUGUACUCGGCAUUUGACACCCCUACGCAUAUGCCCAUGGCGCGUUGGUCCUGGAAGAAGACUGCUCUCGGUGGGGAAGUCGAACCAAGCGAGACCACCCUCCUCGCUGAACUCGGCAGUUUGACCUUGGAAUUUACGAGGCUGAGCCAGCUAACAGGCGACCCCAAAUACUUUGAUGUUGUCACGAGAAUUGCCGAAGAGAUGGAGUGGCACCAGAACAAAACCAAUAUCCCCGGCUUAUGGCCUACUAUCGUCAAUGCUAAGACCCUAAGCUUUGACUACAACCAUUUCACCUUCGGUGGUAUGGCUGACUCCACCUACGAAUAUUUGCCCAAACAAUUCAUGCUGCUUGGAGGCCGAGACAAAAGGUAUAAAAAUAUGUAUGAGGACGCCAUCGAAGCGGCACAACGAUAUCUGUUCUUCCGCCCCAUGCUCCCAAAAGGUGAAGAUGUCCUGUUCAGUGGAAAUGCUCAAUUGACGACCCUGAACACUAUUCCAACUUCAAAUCUCGAACCGCAAGGCCAACAUCUGACUUGCUUUGUGGGUGGGAUGGUGGGCAUUGGUGCCAAAAUAUUCGCUCGUCCAGAUGAGCUACGUGUGGCUCGUCGAUUGGUUGAGGGCUGCGUCUGGGCCUACAACGCCAUGCCGUCCGGAUUGAUGCCAGAGACAUUCUUCAUGUCAGCAUGUCAAGUGGGUGUACACGAACCACAACCCGGCAAGUGUGACUGGAAUGAGGACAAGUGGUAUGAAACAAUCGCACAACGAAGUCCCGCGGGCAAAGACGCGGAGCACAUGUCUGCUGUCGAGCGAGGUAAAUACGUGGCGAAGAAAAAGCCAGUCUUUCCAGGCUUUACAGAUCAUCCUGAUAACCGCUACAUUCUGCGACCCGAAGCCAUUGAAUCCAUCUUCAUCUUAUACCGCAUUACAGGCGAUCGCACCCUACAGGAAACAGCUUGGAAGAUGUUCCAGUCAAUUGAUACCCAGACGAGGACUCAAAUUGCCCAUGCUGCAGUUCAUGAUGUGAGAAAACCAAUUCCCGAAAAGAGCGACCGAAUGGAAAGUUUCUGGCUGGCUGAGACGCUCAAAUAUUUCUACCUCAUCUUCAGCGAGCCCUCUCUGGUGAACCUCGAUGAGUGGGUGCUGAAUACAGAGGCACAUCCUUUCCGACGGCCAACCAGCUGA